UUGUUAUUGGUAAUAAUUAACAAACUCCUCAAAAUCCAGAAAUUUUUUUUAACACAAGUGAAACUUAAAAAAAUAAAAUACAGUUUUUCUCUUCGUCUCUCCAGAUAAAUAAGAAAGAAAAGAAAUGUUAACGUUGAAAUCAGGAAGUCGUUUCAUUUCAAAUAUGUCUAGAUUUGCGUUGAGUCGACAAAUAUAUUUGUCAUGUCGGAAACAAGUUGAUUCUGAUGAAUGGAGAACUCACCUUACAAACAACAACACUGGCGGAACUACCCCUCUUACAGUUGGUGUGGAAAAAACUAUUAAUUCGGUGACUCUGUUGGGUAGAGUUGGCUCAAAUCCUGUUAAACGUGGUUCUUUGGAACAUCCAGUUGUUACAUUUUCUUUGGCUACAAACUCAAACUAUAGUUAUCCCAAUGGAGAUGUCAACCAGAAGACUGAGUGGCACAGAAUUUGUGUGUUUAAACCUUACCUGAGAGACUCGAUAUUAAAGUACACUAAUAAAGGACAAAGAGUUUUUGUUCAAGGAAGAAUCAUCUAUGGAGAAGUAAAAGAACCUGAGGGUAAUUUAAGGUACACAUGUUCAAUUGUUGCAGAUGAUGUUAUCUAUUUUAGAAACAAUUCAUAAAAACAAAUGAAAAAGUCAAAUAAAAAUGUGUGCGAUUGAUUAUGAAUUGCUCCUGAAUCUUUAGUGUUAAACAGUAUCAGAGCUUUCUGAUAUGCAUGAGUAAAAUAAACUAACCAAUGAGAAUGAA